AUGGACGAAGGUGGCAAGCGAAAGCACAGCUUCAGGCAGCAGCCUAACAAGAGGGCAAAGGCCGAGGAUGGCAGCGCGCUCAAGUCUGGUUUUGGUGCCAAGAUGCUGGCCAAGAUGGGUUACAAGGGCGAGGGAGGUUUGGGAAAAGAGGGGGGUGGUAUCUCGGAGCCUAUUCAGGUGGUAAAUCGAGGUACCAAGGGCGGUAUCGGCAUAGUGGCAGAGAAGAGCGAGCAGCAACGGCGAGAAGAGCGACGCAAGGCCGAAGCGAACGGAGAGAAAUAUGUCGACACUUCAGAAGAGGAGCGCGAAGAGAGGAAGAAGAAGAAGGCCAAGGCACGAGGCGAGACGCGAACAUCGGCUCCUCGACCCAAGAAGACUGUUUUCGAGCUGGAAGCAGCUGGCAUGCACGUACCGCUUGCACUGCAGUCCAUCAUCGACGCGACUACCGGCGCAUCUACUCCCACCUCGGGCGUGUCCCUCCGCGGCCCUGAUAUCGUUCCAUUCGAGAACUCUCUACAAGCUCGCGUGCGGAGAGACUUGAACAGUUUCUCUGAGGCAUUCGAACAACUGCAGGUCGAGUCGCAGGCUAUCCCUCCUCAGGAGUAUGCGCUACAGAAAGAGCUAGAAGCGCUCGAAAAGCAGAUGGACGAGCUUGAAGAUCUGCAAGCGCGCAUCGAAUCACUGCGAACAGGCACGUUUGACGUUGUCUGCGAAGGACUGAAGAGCCUGCGCGCUGCUUAUCCAUCGAAGCCACUACACCGCGAAUCCAUUGCGGUUAUACAUCCACACUUUGCUAAAGCUAUCGCGUCCUGGGAGCCACUUGAGGAUGCGUUGGAAGGCAUGGCGGCAGCUUUCUCUGAAAUGGCGGAUAUCAUACAGCCCAGAAGUAGGAGAGUUGCCUCUCAAGCCUAUACUCACCCUUCAGAAGCAUUGGUCAGCCGCAACACCAUCGACGAAGAGGAUAGGAUCAAACGCGGCACUACAUCAUCAUAUGAGUCUAUGAUGCUCAAAUACUGGCUCCCGACAGCAAGUUCAGCUGUGACACAAUGGGACGUCAAGAACCCGCAUCCCAUGGUGCGCCUGUUAGAAGUCUGGAAGUCAGUCUUACCGCCAUUCAUUGCCAAACGAGUGCUUGAACAAGUUACACGAAAACUCUCCACCUCUAUCCACGAAUGGAACCCGCGAAAGUUCAAGAGGAGCCCGCACACAUGGGUUGUAGAGUGGUUACCUUUCCUCAAGCCCACAGAGCUAGACCCCAAGGGAUCAGGCCUGGUCGCUGAGAUCAAACGCAAGAUCCGACAUGCACUACAGUCCAUUGACCUUUCCAAAGGCCCGUUACCAGGGAUGGACCAGUGGAGGAGGGUGUUUGGAAAGGGGGAAUUUGACCAUUUACUUACCUCUCAUCUGGUACCGCGUUUGGCCGCCUACCUACGAGACAAUUUCGAGAUCAACCCCGCUGAACAAGACCUUGCACCACUCGAGGCUGUGUUCGCUUGGAGAGGACUGAUAUCAAAUGAGGUUGUUGGAGAACUAUUGAAAGCACAGUUCUUCCCCAAGUUCCUCGAGGUCAUCCACCAUUGGCUUACGAGUGAGGAAGUCGUCCUCGAGGAGGUCCACACGUGGCUUGAGUGGUGGCGGAACGAAAUCUUGCAGGACGACAUCAAUAACCUGCCUUCGGUCGCCUCGUCGUGGAAUGAGGCAUACUCACUCAUCAACGCGGCACAUGAUCUUGGCGACGCGAGAUUGACAGAUCUACCUCCGCCUCAGGUUGGGAGUAUCGGAGCUUCGCCAGACACAUCUCAGUUCUCAAAGUCCGUCAACAAGGAACCACCUCGUCCUGUGUUGCAAGAUGAGGAGCCGACCUUUAAGGAAAUCGUGGAAGAAUUCUGUGCCGAAGAGAACCUUCUGCUGAUCCCACUUCGCGAAGCUCACGACCAGACCGGUUUGCCACUAUUCCGUAUCACAGCAAGCGCAACUGGACGAGGAGGCGCAGUGGCGUAUCUCAAGGGCGAUUUUCUGUGGGUGCAGAACAAGAAAGAUAAGAAUCUGUGGGAGCCCACUGGUCUGAACGAAGCCCUCACUGCAAAAGCUGAAGGCAAGUGA